AUGGAUAGCCCCCGAGUUCAGGUAGGCGCGCCGGAGGUCGCUCAGGCUCCUGAGAGCACCCUAAACACUGAGACUCCCGAUGUGGAUAUGAAUGAGACUCAGCAGGGCGCGGUGAAUGAAUUCCAAGCAGAUGCGAGACAACAGGAUAUUUCUCUGCCUGACUCGCAGCCAGCAAGUUCAGCACCAACAGAAGCGCCGCAACCUCCCAAGAAGAAGCCGGGCCUUCAUUUUCUCGACUACCUGACGUCGCCUAUUGUGGAACUCGUUGUCGGGAAGAACGAGCACAAGACUUCGUUAACAGCGCACCAGAGCUUGUUGUUGGAAUCGCCAUUCCUUGCGCAGGCUGUCGCCGCAUUCAGCGAAUCAGGUCCGGUACGCGCUAGCUUCUUCCUGAGCAGUAUUCUGGAUGCUUUUACUAAUACAAUAUCUGGCAUGCAGCGGCGUAUUGAGCUUCCUGACGAGAACGUCGAGGCAUUCGGUUGCUUCCUACAGUUCCAAUAUACCCAUGACUACUCCGCAUCCCCCGCCGAUCUAUCCGUGGAGCAAGACGUUGUAGGGGAACUGGAUGAUAGUGGUGAGCUAUUGUUGAAACAUGCGCGUGUCUACACUCUAGCAGAGAAGCUUGGCGUGCCUGCGCUCAAGAGUCUGGCACACUCGAAGAUCCACCGUAUCAACAGUACCUCUCACGGAGAAAUCGCGUACGCGCGUUAUGUCUACACACACACACCGGUCGACGAUGUCACUAUUCGGAAGCCGGUUGCCUCCUUCUGGGCCACCAGAAGCCAUGUGCUGCGCCACGAGGCUGAAGAUGAGUUCAAGAAGCUGUGUCUUGAAGUGCCUGAGUUCUGCUUUGAUGUACUCAGUCUUGUUCUUGACCAAAAAGAGAAGCGUGCCCAGGAUCGAGCAGAGACAGAAUCGGGCAUCAAAGGCAGUGGUAGGAAACGUCUCAGGAGCGGUAUCUAG